AUGAGCGGACCAUAUAACCAACAACAAGUCUUGAACGGAAGUGGCUUUGGUCAAGGUGUUGGCUAUGCUAACGGAGUCAAUGUUGCCCAAGCUGGUGGACAAACUAUAACUCAAACUUCUUCGUCACAACGAGUUGCAGAGUCUCAUCAAGUCCAACAAAAUGCUGCUGGUGGUCUUACAGAACAACAACAACGUCAAGAACGAGAACUGUCUCAAGCUACCACAGGCCAACGCCAAGAACGAGAAACAUUGUCCCAAGCCACCUCAACCCAACGAUCUGUUGAAGCUCAACAAACCCGACAGGGUUCAAGUGGAUCGGGAUAUCGUCACCAUCGUCAACGCGAUCGUGACAACUCACACAGCUCAAGUGGUUCAUCUGCUGGUGCUUAUAGAGUUACUGGGGCCGAAGGUGCUGCAGCUGCCGGAGGUUCCUAUCAACAAUACUCUGCUGAAAACUCCCACGCUUACGGAGCAGCUACAGGCGGUCCAUAUGGUGUGACCAGCGCUCUUGGUGGUGCUUAUGCUGCUGGUGGUAAUCCAUGCGGAUCGGCCCCAGUCGAAGGCCCCCGACGCCCAGGUCGCCAUCAAAAACAAGUGAUUCGAUUACCCGAUCAACCUCAAGGACCAACACGACAAGUGCGCCGCCGUCUUCCAACACCAGAACCCGAUACAUUAGAACGAGUUUACAUUCAACGUGUAGCCGGUGAAGUUGUUGAAGAAAUUACUGAAAUUCCAACAACACCACCACCUAUUGUUCAGGAACGAACUGUUUGCGAACCAGCUGGACCACCCAAAGUUGUCAAACGAGUUAUUCGCGUGCCACCACGUGGUAACAAUUGUCAACAAGCAGGAGGCUUUGUUGGUAACGCGGGCCAAUCUGCCAAUUUAUUGAGUGCUAGCAGUUAUGGUAGCGUACAACAAGCUUCAGGCAGCUUUCAACAACUCGAUACCAGCUCACCUUUACCUACUGGUGCUAGUGUUUCGCUUGGUAGUGGAGCUGGUAACCACGUUGUUGGUGCUGUCGGUGGCUUUAGUCCAGCUGGUGCUAGCUUUUCAUCAGUUGGCCCAGCUUAUGGAGCCCAAGGUGCCGGUUUCUCAACUAGUGGUGCAGCUUAUGGAGCACAAGGAGCUGGUUUCUCAUCAGCUGGCCCAGCCUAUGGAGUACAAGGUGGCGGCUUCCCAGCUGGUGGUUCAGCCUAUGGAGCACAAGGUGGCGGCUUCCCAGCUGGUGGCUCAGCCUAUGGAGCACAAGGUGUUGGCUUCCAACAACAAGCCGCCAGUUUCGGCAGCAGUUACCAGCAACAAGCAGCCAGCUUCAGUGGCGCUGCUUCACAUGCAUCUUCUCCCUAUGGUGCCGGUUUUAGUUUCAUAGCUCAAGGCUUAACACCAAGUGCUGGUCUCCAACAAGCUACCUGUUUUUAUGUUUAA